CUGCUGCAAAGGAUUUUGCUUCUGAGAGAGGGAAGGCUUCACAGGCACUUUGCAGCCCUGGUGCAGAGGCUCUCAGCACUCCCCACCCUGCAGAUAGCUCCAUCGAUCCCUUGUCCCAGUGCACAAGUGCUUCCCCAGCCAUGAGGAAGGGCAGCUGUCCCGAGCUACCCACCAGUGUAGGAGCCCGUUGGACAGGCCAGUGGGCUGCAGGUAGCGUUGGGGACACGGGGUGACGCAGCCUGGCUUGCCCUGCACGCCUGGGCCAUCUCUAAGCUUUUGGAGGGCCGAUCCUAGAGCGGGGUUUGCCGGUAAGGGAAUGGGCUAAAAGUGAGGGCCAGGGGAGGCAGCACCUUGUGCCGUGCCGUGGGGAAAUGAGGGCGGUCGUGCAGACGCUGGAAGGAAGAACUAGGGCCCUGCGCUGGGAGGCGGCUUGACUUUGACCACACUGCCUCUUACGCACUAAUUUCCUUCAAGGCUUGUGAUGCAGUCAGUAAACCACAGCCGUCAGCAGGCGCCCUCUGUGCCGGUGCUUUCCAUUGUGACAUGCACUUGACAUGUCCGUCCUCGGUGCCGACGGACCAGCCGCUCCCCACUGCGCAGCAUGGACCAGAGAGAGAUUCUGCUGCAGAACCUGGAGCGGGCCCAAAGCAGGAAGGUCAACAAAGAGGAGUUUGCAGAGGAGUUCCUGAAGUUGAAACGACAGUCGACCAAGUACAGGUCAGAUAAUACCUACCCAACUGCCACCUCGGAGAAACCAGAGAACACCAAGAAAAACAGAUACAAGGACAUCCUGCCCUUCGAUCACAGCAGAGUGGAGCUGUCCCUGAUCACCUCGGACACAGAUUCUCAUUACAUCAAUGCCAACUUUAUCAAGGGAGUGUAUGGACCGAGGGCCUACAUAGCUACACAGGGGCCUCUGCCCAGCACUGUGGUCGACUUCUGGAGGAUGAUCUGGGAAUAUGAAGUCCUGAUCGUGGUCAUGGCUUGCAUGGAGUUUGAGAUGGGCAAGAAAAAGUGCGAGCGGUACUGGGCAGAGGAGGGAGGCGCCCCCCUGCAGUGCGGCCCUUUCACCGUGACCUGUGAGGUGGAAGACAGGAAGAGUGAGUAUGUGACUCGGACCCUGAAGGUGACACUGGACAAUCAAACACGCACCCUUUACCACUUCCACUACAAAAACUGGCCAGACCAUGAUGUGCCCUCCUCCAUCAACCCCAUCCUGGAGCUCAUCUGGGAGAUGCGCUGCUACCAGGCUGAUGACAGCAUCCCUAUCUGUGUCCACUGCAGUGCUGGCUGUGGGAGAACGGGAGUUAUCUGUGCCAUUGACUACACCUGGAAGCUGCUGAAGGAUGGGAUUGUUCCUGUGAACUUCAGUAUUUUCAGCCUGAUCCAGGAGAUGCGCACGCAGAGGCCCUCCAUAGUGCAGACCAAGGAGCAGUACGAGCUGGUGUAUGAUGCUGUGAUCGAGCUCUUUAAGAGGCAUAUCAAUACGUUUACUGUCCAGGAGAGCUAUGCUGCUGCAGAGAUUCAGAUGACCCGUCCCAUGGCCAAGCCACAUGUGAACCCGCUGACAGAAAUUUAUGCUCUGAGGAUACCGAACUGCUCGGGGCCAAAGGAGGGGGAAAUCCAUGUGGCGCCAGGUGAAGCGUCGCUGGCAGUAGCUUCAUCCUAUAGCACUGUGGCGGGACAGGAUGGCCACGAGCCCAGCGCCCCUCCCGUUAGACAAGCUGUUUCUUUUGGGGCUUUGCACUUCAGCAGCGGGGAGGGAAAUGCCGCUAAGAAGUGGGAUGCCCUGCUGGCAGGGGGACCGCUCCAGAAGCAUCGCAGCUUGGACCUACACUGCGCUGGCACCAGGGACCUGCCGCAGAGCCCCAAAUCUGCGGGGGCACCUCGGAGGAGCCCCAACACUAAGGCCCCUUUGGCACGAACUAAAUCAACGCCUUUUGAAUUAGUGCUGCAGAGAGAGGGCCAGGGCCCAGGCAGAGGGCAGGCAGCACCCUGCGGCUCUGCUGGCUUCGGCGGGCAGCCAUGGGUAGGGCUCUGCCCCGUUAUGCUGAGCCAGUCGAGUAAGCCAGUAACCAGCCCCUGGCAGCAGGGGACCAGCAGUCAGCGCCUGCCCCCCUGCUCCUGCUCAACUGAAGACCCUUAUUUUUCCUCACUGUCCUCGAAUGAACCAGCAUCCCCGGCAUCCUCUGACCGUGCCGCAGAGCUAUAUGAGACAAUUUUCCCUCCCUUCCCCACAGUGCUGCCCUCGGACCCUGUCACAGGCAGCACUCCAGCUCGCAGGCCUCUGUCCCAGCAGAUUCGCCCACAGGAUGGCACGGAGACGUCCUCACUCAUGGCUUCUCCAGACCCAGAUGAUGACAUUCCCCCACCUCUGCCUGAACGAACCCCAGAGUCCUUUAUUGUGGCCGGUGAAACUGAAGAGUCUCCUCCAGUUGCUUCAAGCUGCCAGCCUGCACCUGCAAAUAUACAUGUGGGAACCUCUUUGGAAUGGAGUGGGGUAUCUCAGCCAGAAAUAUGUGAUGACUCUGUCAGACUGAGACCAAGUAAGAGUGUGAAGCUCCGGAGUCCCAGAUCAGAGACACAUCGGGACCACUCCUCUUCUCCUCCUCCACUCCCUGAAAGAACUCCCGAAUCGUUUGUUCUUGCCAGUGAGGACAGUCUUCAGCCUCCUGUGAGGAAUUCUACUAGCAGCCUUGGGGACUCAGGGAAUAAAGCUUCUGAGGAGCUACCACAGGAGCCUGCAAAAUGCUUCAGGAGGAGCAAAAGCUUGAAAAUUUUACGCAACGUGAAAAAGAGUAUCUGCAGCCCAUCUGCACUGGCAAAGCCACGGGAGCCUACCCAGCCAAACCACUCCACCUCUUUUCUGAAUUUUGGCUUUGCAAAACGAUUUUCAAAACCUAAAGGACCAAGAAAUCCUCCACCAUCAUGGAAUAUUUAAAUCAACUUUGUGGACGUGGUACUGUAGAUUUGCCAUAUCCCUCUGACAUCUCAUAUGGUCUUCAAGAUGGAUCACCGUCAAAAUAUAAAAAGGAAAAAUGCCCGUAUUGUGCAGUAUCUGUAACCAGGGCAUAAUGCAAACAUCUGUUUUUAUCACCUAAUCACUUGUAAUAUAAACAGGGAUGCACAAAUGAGUAGCAGCUGCCUGGCAAUGGUAGUUAAUGUGUGACCUUGGCAACACUGUGCUCUGUGGUGGCUGUUGGGGGUGUCCUGGGCUUCAUCCAUUAGGGACGUGUGGCCAUUUUUUAACUUCUCCACCCACUCGUAGACCGAGCGAUACGGUGAAUUCACCGAGGUGGCACUCCUGUGGCCCACAAAGGCAGUGACAGAACGCUGUUCUUCUUUGCACACUGACAGCUGCACAGCCUUCUUGUUUACAAGCUCACCAGCAGCACACGUGCUUAGCACGAACACUGGCUGCAUCCAACGGCCACCAUCAGUGUUCCCUGCUGCUGUCUAGUUUCCCACUUUGUUGCAGACACGCAGUGUGGGUAGCUAUUUUGCCUUUAGUUUCCAAAACAUUCUUGUACAUCAGGCUGGAAACUAAAAACAAAUAUGAAACUUGGUGUCUGAAAGCAAACUGAAUUAUUUUGGAGCCUGGGCGUUCUUAUUUUUAAACGAGCAGGGUCCGUUCCUCUAACUUUGAAGUGUAAUUUACUGUAAGAUAAUGUGUCUGAUUUUCCUGUCCCAGUAGUGUCACCUGGGUGUGAUACCUCAACGAUGUGAUUGAUGGCCCUGAUCUUCCAAAUGCUUCAGCCUCUGCACGACUUUACUUACAUAAAUAGUUCUAUGGCAAUUUGAGUUAGGCACAUGCUUCUCUGUUUCCAGGAUAGAGGGCUAAGGGAGAAAAAGCCUUUCAGAUUUUAGAACUCGGGUAUUUGGCAAAGUAUGUUAACAUGGUGGUGAUUUCCAUUUAGAUUAAUUGGGUCAUUUUCUCUAAGCUUCUGUCCGAAAAGUAUGUUUAUGAUGAUGACUGUUCACAUAGGAACCAAGCCUGUAUGGAAACAUGCUGUAUAGUCUACUCAAGAACAUUCACGUGAAUGAAAGUGUCCAUAUAUCUAGUUUUGGCCUUUA